AUGUCUGCUCAGGCUAUAUCUACCAGCCAUGGGGCUGCUCAGUCGGAAAAAUCGAACUGGGAGUUGCCUUCGAUUCAGAAGAUCCUCGAGGAUUUGCCUAGCACAGUGUCAUCCUUAGAAGCGCGCACAGAGACGAUUGAUUCCUCAAAGCAACAGGAGAUGUUUCACGAUCUAAAAACAAUCAUUGAACAGGCGCAGGCCGACGAGGAAGAGAAAGUCUUCGAUCUCAAAGAGCUACACAGUUCUCUUGAAGAGGCAGAGGCAAGCUCCAAACGGGGUCGCCGGGAUGCUCAGACUUUGCAAAGUGUCUGUGAUAUUCUGCACAAGCUGUGGUCUUGCGAUUCCCAAUACCUGACUCAGGCUACUGAAAUAAUCGCAAAUGGAAGCAGAGAUCCGUCAUGGCGUGUCCCGUUCGGCCAGUCGGGGGUGUUGAAGUUCUUCUUGGAUGUGAUCUCGUCAAAGGAAAAGGUUGAUCCGAGCUUGUUGCUUCACUCUCUGCGAGUCAUUGGUAACUCUUGUGCCGAUACAAAUGAGAACAGAGAGAUUGUGGUCGAAGGAAACCAUACCCUUGCUAUCAUCCGGUACUUCCUUGAUCCCGACUUGGUCUUUGUGGCGAUUCCAGUCAUUUAUAACAUCUGCAUGGACUACGAGCCAGCCCAUGCUCAGAUAGCUGCUAACCGGACAGCCUACAUUCUGUUGAAAUUGAUUCAAGACGGCGCGAUUGAGGACAAUGAGGCUCUAUUGAAUUUCGCUUAUGAUCUGAUCGAACUGGCCUCGGAACAAGCCGGCGGAAUCGAAAACUCUCCUGAUGGAACAAUUCUAUUGCUGAUGCAACUUGCCAUCGUCGAGAACCUCGAAUUUUCUCACUUCUCAUCACUGGCAACUUCACUAGCCGCAUACUUGGAAAAAGAGAGAUUCCAAAAUGUGUGUGUGUCAAACAUGAUGGUGGAGGGCGUCCUGGAUGUUCUACGCCGUUCAUUCUCCGUCGAGGUAGACCAGUCCUCCGCCGAAGACGUCAAGGCUAUCGCCCAACUUCGAUUGAAAACCAAUCAGGCUCUGGCUGAGGUCUCAGCGUCGCCAUUGUUCGCUCAAAAUUACCCCCUCGAUUCUCCCCUUUCUCAUACAUUGAAGUCGUGGGUCGCUUCAUCGGAAGACCAGCUUCAGAUCUGUGCCUGCGUCAUGCUUGGGAACUUGGCUCGAUCUGAUGAGGUCUGCCGGGUGAUGGUGCGUGAGCUCAAGAUCCACGAAGAACUCAUCUCUGUUCUCAAGGGUGAGGCUCGUGGGGCAGUUCUACAUUCUUCGCUUGGUUUCCUCAAAAAUUUGGCCAUUGCCGGUGAUAACAGGGCCGCGCUUGGAGAGGCUGGUAUCAUUCCUGCCGUUUCACGCUUAUGGGCAUACGAGUCUGUGCCGCAGGUUCAAUUCUCGGCGGCUAGUAUUGCCCGCCAGGUGAUCAUCUCCUCUGUGGAUAACAUCUCCUAUCUUCUUGCUCCGCUUUCACAGGACCCAGACUCCCCGGCUCACCAACGGACCUAUCUCUCUCUGCUUUUGUCUCUCUUCGAGAAGACAGACUCUACGCCUAUUAAGACCGAGAUUGGCCGGACAGUUGCUUCGAUCUGUCGAACCUUGAGCCCCAUAGCUCGCGGUGGAGAUGAAAAGGCAUUAGAUUUGCUCGAUCGGCUGUUCACACUACACGAUGGUGUUGCAAUGCCAAUAGGCGCGAUGAUCACGCAGACACAAUGGCCUGUCGUGCGCAGCGAAGGCUGGUUUGCCCUUGCUUUGAUGGCAACUGAUCCAAAGGGCUGUGCUGCAGUCGUGGAAUGCUUGCACAAGACCGAGGUUACCGAGCUUCUCAAGACGGCGCUAGGUGGUGAAGCUUCGGAUCAGGUCCAAGCGGAAGAAAAAGAAGAGAAGCAAGAAGUUGACAAGUCGCAAGAAACCAAGGAUCGUGAGAAUGCCUUCGUCCUUGUGCAGGGCUUGUUAAAGAAUGAGUCCGGGGCGCUUCCCGAAGGAUAUAGAGAUCUGCUAGAAGAUCUAGCGAAGCCUCAUGCUUCGUUUUUGAAGGCUUCUGCUGAGGCUUAA